UUGUCUGACUUCAAAAGUUUAAAAUCUAAACUAGACAAAUGUUAAAUUGCUUUAUCCAACAAAAGGCAAGCUGCUUUUCUGAUUUUUUGUUUUGCCUGGAAAACAAACUGCCUCAACUUUGUCUUCGAUGAAUGGAUUUUUUUUCAAGUCCUUGCUGUUGCUCAAGCUUUUCCCGCUGACCAAGUCAAAAUAUUGCACUGGUCAACUAUUGUGAACUGCGGUCGACGGGCCACUCCUUCAGCGCUCGGCCUCUGAGCUCUGGCCCUGCACCUCGAUGGCCGCAGAGAGUAAACCGCGCUUGCUGCUGCGGUUGGCGGCAAUUUGUGUUGCAUUGUUUGAAAUUUUCGGCAGUGUUCUACGAGCAGCGGACAGACCAGCUUCCUCCAGCAUUGCGGUGGGUGGUGUUUUUUUUUCUCUCUGUUUCGAGAUGUUAAAACAAAUGUUGCUUUAAUGUUGCGGUCUGGUCAGUUGACUGACUGACGUUGGACCUUCUGCCUGUCGGCCUUCAUUUCCGGGCAGCAGCAACAGCAGCAGCAGGAGCAAACGAAUCCUGGCUAAUGUGAUUGCAGAAUGGCGUGCUUCCGGCUGCAAGCAAGUCACUCCCAAAUUGAUUAAAACAAAGGAUUUGCAAGGCAGUCGACAAUCAAGCCUAAUGAAGACACAGACACAGAGACAAAUUUGCUAGUUCAUCCUGGUCGGACGAACUCAGUUUAGCCAAGUGAACUUUGGGCAGGCGGCUCUCCCACAGGAAAUAAGCUCUGAAAUAAACGCUUUCAGGAUUAAUUGUUUGCAUAAUCAGGCUUUCGCUAAAGGGGUUUUUACUGCCGCCUGGCUGCCAUCUUGGCUGAUUUACGUUGCGUAUACGCAAUAUUUAUGGCACCUUCAAUUAAUUGUGCGUUAGAUUAUUUAAGCAUACUCUACGCAAGGGCCGAACCCUUGCGGCCCCCUUGAAUUAUUAGUAGGCAUUAAUUUUUCAGUCGGCCUGGCUUAGCAUUCGCAUUAAGUUUCCCUCGUUCUGCACGUGUAUGCCUUUGGGUUUUUGUUAGUUGGUUGAGGUGAGGGUGACACUUAAAGCGCUCAACGUUGAUUGACUGCCGCCCCAUCAACGGAGUUUUGGGCUUAGCAAUUUCGGGGAGCACUCGUAAGCGCACAAAGAGCGAAUCGGAUCGUGUCUGAUAGUAUUGUGAAUUUUGUAUGUGCCUCAUCCAUUCUGAUGCAACGAUUUAUACGCUCUGCUUGGCAUUUGGUUUAUCAAUCAACGAACGUUUUCCAUGCACGCCAUAUGCACCGCUCCCCGGCACUAUCUAUUAGUCAUGGGGCUCGUUUGCUGCCCUUGGACGCUUUGCAUAUUGAUUUUCUUACGACCAUCCCGAAACUGUUGUCCCAAAUUAGGGCUCAUUCUUUGGUCCUGCAUAUUCAGUAGUCCCAUCUCGCAUCAUUUAUUUCAAUCGCGGCCAACAAUGCAACUGGCUCAUCCCCAUUUCCCCGUUUUACGCCCAUUUAAGCCUCACAUUCGCAUUGUUUUACAACGCUGCGUUCCACGAGCAGGAGAUAAUUAAAACCGCAAAUAGCGCCAGCCAUACCAGAUGCCCGAUGAUCGCUGGCCGCAGAAUAACGCAUAAUGCCUUCGGACUGAGCCAACAAACGAUGACCACCAUCUAUUAUCCAUUGUCUAGGCCAUCCACCACCAGCGCCCUUCAUAUCGCAUGACGACUCCUCCCCCGAAAAACCACCACUGACAUGUGAGCCGUAGUCGCACAAUGCACCUUUCUUCCUCACAUACAUACAUGUUGGCCACAUAUUCAGGGCAUACAAUUUCAAAAUUGUAAUUAUACGCCUGCUGGCAGUUAAUUACACUGUGCGAAAUAUUUAAUAUGCAAAAUCAACAUGGCAAACCGCGCAUACGCUCCGUUAAACCGUUUAUUAGUUCUGGAUUUGCAUUUGAUUUGGUCCGGGCAAUAGAUUUCACUGCUUCAAUUAGCAGAAUUAAAAUGUUUACCCGUAGGAUGUUGUUGUUGCCACGACACUCUGAAUUUUUCAUUUGUUGCGGGCGCCAUUUUAAGCUGGCCAUUUGCGGCAUUUCUCCAUCAGCAUCGGAUUUUUCCAGUUAAUUUUGUCAGCGUAAGAGGCUUAGCGGUGAUGUGGGCGCGCUUUAAGGGAUCAUUAAUUUAUCGCUGAGGUAGUUAGUUGUUUUGCCAGUAAACUGUACCGUUUAUUUUAAAUGUCGCAAACCAUUGAAUUGAAACGAAUCAGCUGUAACAGCAUUGAUUUUACACACAAUUGUUCACUAGAAUGUUCUAUAUAUCAAAUGAGACGAUAAAUACAACGGAUAAGAUGCAUUUCAAACUUUUCGCCUUGGCGACCAUGUGCUCAUUGAAUUAUGCACUUGCUGAACUAUCGAUUUUACAAUCUUGUACGCAUAAUGAUGUGAUGGUAAAAUGUGUACCAGUUUGUCCCAAAAUAUGCUCAAAUUAUCUGCAGAUUCGCAGGUGCAGCCCGAAAAAAUGCCGACGAGGAUGUGCCUGUAAAAAGGGUUGGUUGCGAAAUAAAAACGAUUUGGGAAUGUGUAUUCCCCGAAAUGAGUGCAAGCGAUAUAUCGUAGAGUAAAAGUUAGAAAAAAAUAAAAAAUAAAAAAAAAAAAUAGAAAAAACUGAAACUAAAGUACUCUGGCUGCUUUGCUUGACAUUUUAACUGGGGAAUUGAGGGUGGAAAAAAGUCUGCCGACAAUGGCCAAGAUUUGCAUUUCUAUUUUUCAUUUUCUUUUAAUUUUCUGGGGCUCUUCAAGAGGCACUUGGUGCCCCCCAUUUCCUAUUGCCUUUUUACUCUUUAGUUUCGUCUGUUCGCGAUAUAUGCGGCGCAGUGGAAAUGACAUGCCCUUGUCAGAAAUUCAUAUUGUGUUGACUUGCAUUUGACAACUUAAUGAAUUUAGCUGUUCCACUUGGCACAUAUAAAGCCUAUUCACUGUCGUUGGUAGGGAACAAUCUUAACCCCAAUACGUGCUGAUAUUCGGCUGCAGUCAGCCCCAUAUUGUAUAACCCCAUCGCGAGCGAGAGCAUUAUGAGAAAACUUUUCAAACCAGCAAAAAAAAAUGUCCGUUACGUGAUCCAUAAAAAAAGUCUGACCAAGUCGUAUACAAAAUAUCUAUGUAUGUAUACAUAUAUUGCAGUAGCCGAAUUUCUUUUCGUUUCUUUUUUUGACAAUGUGCAAGUUUUUGGGUUGGAAAACAACUUUUUAUAUUUAUGUUGUACCACAAACAACAACGACCACAAUAAGAACAACUUGAAACGGAAGCAGCGAAGAAAAUGAGGUGGAACGUCAAGUGUUUGGUUCCGAAACCCUCACGCUCUUGAAAAGGACCGAGUUGUGUGUAAUUUGGUUUUAUGCUUUAUCGCUUGCUUGAUUUUUAUUAUGAUUAUUAUCGCGGGAAUUACGGUGCAACUUUUGGGAGCCCAUUACCAAAAACUUUCCUGAUUUUCCUGGGGCCUGCAGAAAAUCGUUUUGUGGGUCUAUGUCGAAAUUUCAACAGAUUUAUUGGGUUAACAUUGACAUUCUCACUUCUUUGUCGUUGCUCUGAAUGACAACGAUGAUGAGCAUGUUGAUGCUAGCUAAGGCGUGUGUCCGGAGCUCAUGAUGUCUUGAUAUGACUUUGAUGGUUUAAUGCGCCUUUGUUGGGUAAAUGAGAAAUGGAUUGGGUCUUCAUAAGCUUUGUGUGUGUAUGAUUUGAGGAAAUAUUGGAAACAAUUUGCUAAUUUUGUUACCUAAUUGAACUAUAAUAAUGCUUAAUGCUACCACUCACGCAAUAAUGUUAAAAGGAUGAAGGACACUUACCUAAAAUGAGAAAGACAAAGAAAGCUAAUUAGUUAAAGUGAUUUAAUUAUAUUAUAUACUUGAUUUGAAAGCAAAUUUUUUAUAUUUAUUAGAACCAAUGCACAAAAAUCGUAUUGGUUCAUAGAAGAUGAAGCAAAAAUCGAUUCGUUUGCCAGAUAGUUUAAAACAAAACUCCGAUUUGCGCAAAUCCCAUCAAUGGAUACGCUCCUGGCAUUGCAGCUUAGCCUAAACGAGCCGU